AUGGCAGAUGGAGUGAACACAGGAACAGUAGUGGACCGCGAGCUGAGACGCUUGGAGCUGCUGCUGAUCUUGUGGGUGGUGGCGGUGGUGGCGGUGGUGGUGGUGGCGGAGGAAGCGGACGUGGCAGCUGGGGACCACUGCGACCGACUGCUACACCGCGCGAGCUCCGGUAAAUUUGUGGAGGUGAUGCUACUAGGGGAGCCGGUGGAUGUAGUGGUGCGGCUGCAGCCUGGGAGCGGCCGGGCGUUGAGGGCGUUCGGCGCCAUGCUGGUGGCCAUCGCACGGCGCAUGCGGUACGCGCACAUACACCUGCGGCCGCGCGGCGCUCCCGAUCCUGGUGAAUUCACUUACAGCGGGGCCCGCAACGAAAUCUCGGUGUUUGCGGCCGCCGCGGUGGAGCCGGCGGCGCCGCGGCUCCACGUGCGUCUAGCAGCUCAAGCUAGCCGCUGCCUCGCCGCCACCGUGUGGACCUUCUAUGCCGAUGAAAACAAUUUACGGAACUGCACAUUCCUACGCAUGUCUGACAUAGGCGCUGCUUGGGGGAAUUACGAGCGAAUCGAGACGGGCGAGGAGAGCGAGUGCGCCGAGUGCGCGGUGGUGCUGGCGGCGCAUGGGGCGCGGUGGGCCGCGGCGGAGCUGCAGCGGCGCGCGAUCGCCCACCGGCUGCUGCUGCGCGUGGUGGUCGCCGACCUCCUGCGGCCGCGCCCGCCCGCCCGCUCCGUGCUCUUCUUCGACGAGCUGCUGCUGUGGGCCGGGGAGCCGAACGUGCACGGCAUCUACCCGCCGCCCUGCCUCGCCCACCUCGGUGCCAGCUGCGCCUUACACCUGGGCUAUUCGCAAGCACCCAUGACGAUAACAUUCGAUUCUGCUUUGAUUCGCAAGUUUGCGCCCCAGCUUUAUGAUGCUUUCAAACGUUUCAUUCCUACCGCUGCGGAUAUAAGGGACGUGCUGAAGCUUGAAUCGGUAAACGGGAAUAAUACCGAGGACGCCGCCUGCGAAUGGUUUCUUCAAAAUUCAAAGAGGCUAGAUGGCCUUUUCCAAAGCCCUCUUCCAAAGCUCACAAAAGCCAACGUUGUUUAUAAAAUACGAUUGUUUUUAUGCCGCGAAGAUCCAGAUCGUGCCGAAUACCAACAAAUAUUCCCGGAAAUUCUUAAACUCAUUGACUUGAAGGGUUUAUUGGUGGAAAUAAAAAACGAAUCAAUUAUGUGUUUAGACGGUAACGCCCUUCACGAGAAAUUUAUGGUGCUCUUGAACAAUAAUAAUGAGCAUUACACAAUCGCGUGGAUAGCUACGGGCGUUGGGACUUCGAAGAUUGAAGAUAUUGCAGAGGGGAUUUCACUUCCCAUUGUUUCAUACGACACACCGCCCAUUGCCCUACGGCCUAACAGUGUUGUACGUGCCGUCACGGGUUCGAUGCGAGUACUCGCGCGUGGCUACUUACAUUUGUGGGCGCAGUGUGGCAUUAGCCGCAUCGCCGUGAUCUCGGACCGUACGUCUUACUCGCGCGACCUGAUGGCGAUAUUAAGCGAAAACAAUCUGAACAUUCGACACGUGAACGUCUCCUCCGGGGAGAGUAUCACACUCGCCCUGCGAGAGUUUCGAGCGGCGGACGCACGUGCAUUUUUUGUGAACGCGAAAGCGGACAUAGCCGCCGAAGUGUUGUGCGCCGCUAGGGAGGCCGGCAUGAGUGCCGAGCACGAGUACCUGUGGUGGGUGCGCGAGUGGCGGCGGGCCGGCGCCUGCGGGCCCUCGGCGGCGCUGAGCCUGGGCCUGAGCUGGCGCGGCGCGGACGGCGCCGAGCGGUGGCCAGCGGGGCCCGCAGGGGCGGAGGGGGCGCCGGGGGCGGUGCGCCGCGCGCUCGACUCGCGCUGGCCGCGCCGCGCCUGGCCGCCCCUCGCCACACCCCUGGCGGACGCCGUCCUGCUGCUCGCGCAGACCCUGGCGAGUUACAUCGAACGCAACCCCGAGAACAUCGAUGACCGACACCUCUUUGGAGACGCCAAG